AUGUCCUACUCUUACUAUAUCCUUCUCUACACCACCAUCUACAACUACUGUACCCUUCCCGGCAAGUCGGGCGUCCCCAACUUUUCCGCCCAGCGAGGAGGUGCCAAUUUGCAGGGUGCGGAUUUGCAUAGAAAUCUUCAUAGCUGGCUGUCUUCGCACUGCAAGAAUAUGCGAGAGGAAGCGGAAAAGCUCCCGGACCAGGAGCUCCUCAAGUACUAUGCCCGACAAUGGGAUCGGUACACCCGCGGAGCCAUGUACGUCAACAAGCUCUUCAACUAUCUCAACAAGCAUUGGGUCAAGAGAGAGAAGGACGAAGGACGGAAGGAGGUGUACACUGUCUACACUCUGACGCCACUAACGCUCGCCCUGGUCUCUUGGAAGAACAACUUUUUCAAGCACUUUGCCGACCAAGGCGAGACCAGUCGACUCACCCAGGCUUUGCUCCGCCAAAUCCAGGCUCAGCGAAACGGCGAAGACGUCGACAACAGUCUUCUCAAAAAGGUCGUCGAUAGCUACGUCUCCCUCGGUCUCGACGAUGCCGACGCUCAGCGAGUCAACUUGACAGAAUACAACAAGCACUUUGAGCAGCAGUUCCUCAACGCUACCGACUCUUACUACCGAGCCGAGUCUGCUGCCUUUGUCGCGUCCAACUCUGUUUCCGACUAUAUGAAGAAGGGCGAGACCAGGCUCCAGGAGGAGGCUGACAGGAUCAACCUGUACUUGCACGACUCUACCAAGAACGCUUUGAGGACCAGGUGCGAAAAGACGCUUAUCGAAGAGCACCAAGGCAUCAUGUGGGACGAGUUCCAGGCUCUGCUCGACGCCGACCGAGUCGACGAUCUCGCCAGGAUGUACGCCCUCCUUUCCCGCGUCCUCAACGGUCUCGAUCCCCUCCGAGCCAAAUUCGAAGAGCACGUCAAGCGCUCCGGUAAAGCUGCUGUGGAAAAGGUCCUGCCCGCUCCCGGUGCCACCAACGAGGCCGGCAAGGCCGCCGCGCUCGACCCCAAGGCCUACAUCGGUGCUCUCCUGGAGGUUCAUUCAAAGUACACUGCAAUGGUUGACGGUCCGUUCCGUGGUGAAGUCGGUUUCAACCGAUCUCUCGACCAGGCGUGCCGAGACUUUUGCAACUACAACGCCGCUUGUCCCGCCGCUACCAAGUCGCCUGAACUCUUGGCCAGUCACUGCGAUAUGCUUCUCAGGAAGAGCAACAAGGAGACCCAGGACGCCGAGGGUUUGGAGGAGGCUUUGAACAAGGCUAUGAUCAUUUUCAAAUUCAUCGACGACAAGGAUGUCUUCCACAAAUUCUAUCAGAAGAAACUUGCCCAACGUCUCGUUGCAAGUCUUUCUGCUUCCGAUGAUGCGGAGAGUAGCAUGAUCACCAAGCUCAAGGAGCUGUCUGGAUUCGAGUUUACCAACAAGCUGUCGAGGAUGUUUACCGACGUCAACCUUUCCAGGGAUCUUGCCGAAAGGUUCAGGGAGAAGGAGAGGGAGCAGAACAUUGAUUCCGGUAUCGAUUUCAACCCCUUGGUACUCGGUUCCAACUGCUGGCCUAUGACUGCCGCCCAAACCGACUUUGCCGUCCCCCGUGAAGUCAAGGGCACUUACGACAAGUUUAACGCCUUCCACGCCGAGAUCCACCAAGGUCGAACCCUCAACUGGCUGUGGCAUCUGUCCAAAAACGAGCUCCGAACCACCUAUCUCAAUCAAAAGUACAUUUUCAUGGUCAGCUCCUAUCAGAUGGCUAUCCUCACACAGUUCAAUCGUCAAGAUUCGGUGACGUUCAAGGAGAUGCAGGCUGCUACCAAGCUGGCGGAUGAGACCCUCAAGGGUCAGCUCGGUUUGCUCGUCAAGCAAAAAGUGUUGUUGCUGCAGGACGACACCUAUGAGCUCAACACUGGGUACAAGUCGAAAAAGAUUAGGGUGUCGCUCAACAUGACCAUCAAGUCGGAGGCCAAGGCAGAGACGAAGGAUGUGUUGGCGGCGGUUGAUGAUGACCGAAAGUUUGUCUACCAGGCGACUAUCGUGCGAUUGAUGAAGGGUCGAAAGACCAUGCAACACCACGCUUUGAUCCAAGAAGUCACCGCGCAAAUCUCUUCCAGAUUCACCCCCAAGGUUCCCGAGAUCAAGAAGGCUAUCGACUAUCUCAUCGAGAAGGAGUACUUGGAGCGAGCGGCCGACUCCAACAACACUUAG